UGUGUCCUAGCAAAGAAGGGCUGACCCCAGACUUCUGUUUUGAUGUGACCCGUACAUUUUUUGGACGGAACUUUUUCAUUUUCGCUCGUCAGCGUCAAUCGUUCAUUAGACCAAGGUUAACCUCAUUGAUUAGACACAACACCGUGAUUGCAUCAGUGGCCAGGAUUCUGAUGUUGGAGAAGUCCGACUCAGGAGGGCUGGUGUCUUCGGGUGAUCACUAAAUGAUAUUAGCCUACGAGUACACCUUCCCAACACGGUCCAUGACAUGUCUCCUCCGACCAAUGUUUGGAUAAUGUGAACCUGGAGGCCUCUAUGUACCGUGAAAGCAGGCUGGGUUCCUCUCCCUCUCCUAUGGCGUUACGACUAACCAAGCGGCGAUGUGCGACGUCCCUGCUUCUUGCAUUGGCGGCAAUACUGGUGAUUUGGAUCGGCAGAAACUUUUCCAGUGCCCUUUCCUCCGCAGAGUAUGAUUAUUUACCUAAAGCUGCUGUUAGAAUAGAACAUAAGGGAAGACGGCCACGUGAUGCCGGCCUCCAUCUGGACGACAAUCUCCUCGUUAACGGCAGCGCUGUCUACAUCUACAAGAACAGGACCACGGGGAAGUGGGGAACGCUCCCUGUGACGUCACCGAUACUCAGUGUGAACUUUACUGUCAACCUGACGGAACUUCAGGAGGCGUUUUCGUCCCCAUGGCAGCCGCAGCCAGCCAACCUGAGGAGAAUACAAGCCGAUCUGGAGAGGUGCUGCUCCGCACGGCGCAUGGCCGUCCUGACACAAGAGAACACUAAGCCAGACCAGUACAUCCCCAGUGCCUUCCCUAACCUCACCGAAUACAUCAGUCCCGAGUACCACAGAACCUUUCCUAAGAAGUCGCCGUUCUCGGAGAAGCGGUACGGGCGCUGUGCUGUGGUCGGGAACGGCGGGAUACUGCGGGACAGCAAGUGUUCGUCGGAGAUCGACUCCGCAGACUUCGUCUUCAGAUGCAACCUUCCACCGUUGACAGUAGACAAGUACACUCCGUGGGUCGGAGUCAAGACAAACUUCACCACUGCGCCCAUGUCCAUGCUCAAAAAAUAUCGUCACAUGGACGAGAGUGAGGAGGACUUGGAGCGGUUCGUUAGGGACACCAUGCAGUACAGCGGCUUCCUCUGCAUCAAGAGACCGUCAAACUACAGCACAGCAGGAUAUAAAGAGUUACAGAGAAGGAGAGGAGACAGUUUGGCCGUCCUGUACGAGAACCCACAGCACUUCCUGGCCGUCACGCAGUACUGGAUGGAGCACGGGAUUCCACGAAAGGCAACAACAGGCCUGUACCUAGUCACCACGGCCCUAACCAUGUGCGAUCACGUGGACGUGUACGGGUUCUGGCCCUUCCCGUUCGGCGGCUGGGGACAGAAGAUCCGCUACCACUACUUCUAUGCGGCCAUCUUUGUAGCGCCUUACGCACACGAGAUGCCCUCGGAGUUUAUCAAAAUGGUAGAAAUGCAUAGACAGGGGAUAAUGAAAGUUCACAUCGACAAGUGUGGAAAUUAAGUGUUUAUGCGUUAAUCGUAUAUCUAAUUUACAGCGCUUUGUUGUUUUCAAUGUUUUGUUUAAUAAUUUCCCGAUGCUUGAUCAAUGACACAAAUUAGACGUACUGGUGACAUAUUGUAAGCCUAAGAAUCAAUUCCUGUAUGUCGAAGCUAUGCACUACCGACGUUACAUAUGAUGAUAAUAAAAUUACACUGUAACAACAUACCUUUAGACUGACCAUAUGGUAAUAAAAUUACACUGUAACAACAUACCUUUAGCUAGACUGACCAUAUGGUAAUAAAAUUACACUGUAACAACAUACCUUUAGACUGACCAUAUGGUAAUAAAAGUACACU